AUGGCCUCUCCUCCUCCGGGGAAGCCCCCAGGCGCGAGCGGGGUUGCAAGGCCGCGCACGCGCGACCCUAACCUCCCUGCGCCCCAGAACGCGCUCUCGGCGGCCGCCGCGCCGCUCCGCGGAGUCCCGGGCUCCGGCGCCCUCACCUGGCUCCGGGGCGGGAGUCGGCGUCUCCCAGGGCGCGCGCCAGAGCCGCCCGCGUCCGGCCGGGACAGGGAGGAGCUCCGCUCCGGCUGGCUGGGGAGCGCGCUCGCUGAGCGCGGCCGGGCUCUGAUGGCGGCUCCGCAGACAAACUGCCGCUCAGCUCGCUCGCGUCAGGGCAACUCCGGGGCCCGUCCGUGCGCUCGCUCCCGGAACGCCCGGCCGCUGCGCUCCUGGCCCGCGAGGAGUGGCACUGUCUCGGCUACCCACCGGGAGGCACCGGAAACAGACACCAGACUCACUCCACCAUUAGCAGUUACCAAGGACAGGACACAUCGUCCCCCACUAGUCACGAUGCCCUGGACUGGGGGCUUCACGUUCAGUCUCGUGCUCCUGCUCCUGUGCGCCUGUCCCUGGUUGCCUCUUGGCGAAGGUCACACUCUUUGCUAUGAGUUCACCAUCAGUCCGAAACCCAAACCAGGACAACCCUGGUGUAUACUUCAAGGCAAGGUCAACGGAGACAUGUUUCUGCACUACCACUGUGGUGGCGAGAAGUUCGAACCCGAAGGUCGUCUGGGGAUGAAGGUGAACACUACAGAGGCCUGGGGGAGACAGUCAGAAGCUCUGAAAGAGCUGGUGGAAGAGCUCAGAAAGAAACUCCUUGAGGUGGAACGAGAAAUUUCCACAACCAGCGAUCCUCUCACCCUGCAGGGCAGGAUGACGUGUCCCUGUAAAGCCAAUGGAGGGAGCAGCAGAUGCUGGCAUUUUGACGUGUGUGACUCGGAGAAC